AUGAAGCUAGGCGUUUGUUUCUUAGUGUUGUCUGGAGCGAUAUGUGCGAGCGCAGAUAUCACAAGUGCUAAUCAGACGGACUCCGUCGACGUUGCUGCACCGGGAAUUACGGACAACGUGCUAGAGGUUCUGCUUAAUAAGCUAGAGAAUUUGCAGCAUAAGUUUCUGGAACUGCAGUACGAGCUGCAUGAGCAGCAAGAGGCGGUUGCCCAGAGUCAAGCCACACAGGAAAGAACGUACGGUGAUUUGCUGUGGGCUAUGCAACGCCUAGAUAGACGUCUAAAUCUGCUAGAACUGGAUAUCGGACGAAAUCUGAGCGUUGUUCAGGAACGUUCGUUUCAAAUUCUGACCCAGCAGACGGCGUGUGCUAAUCGUGAUAAGCUGCGAGAGCAGCUAUUCGAUUAUACCCCAAAACUGUCCCAAGGGAGUCACACACCAGCAACGAAGCCUGAACCACUUGCCCCCUUUUCGUCGUGCAAGGAUGUACGAUCGAAUAUAUCCGGAAUCUACCUCAUCCGUGUUAACAGUAAAACCGAACCAUUCCCCGUGUACUGUGAACAGCAGCAGUUUGAUGGUGGAUGGCUUGUGAUUCAGCACCGUUAUGAUGGAUCGUUAGAUUUCAAUCGUAACUGGACCGAGUAUAGGGACGGAUUCGGCGAAAUCAAGAAGGAGUUUUGGAUCGGUCUCGAACGCCUGCACCAGUUAACGACGGCAUCUAGCGGCCAGUGGGAACUGAUCGUUGAAUUAAAGGACUUUCGCGCAACGUACAAGUAUGCUCGAUACAACGCGUUCAAGAUUAGUGGCGAAAACGACCAGUAUAGGCUGAAAACACUUGGAAAGUACAGUGGAACCGCUGGUGACUCGAUGGCGAACCAUAAGGGGAUGAAGUUCUCAACCCCUGAUCAGGAUAACGAUGAAUCCACCCUGCAUUGUGCUGAAAAAUGGGAAAGUGCCUGGUGGUACAAUGGCUGUUAUUAUGCCAAUUUGAACGGACGGUACCUUAACGAUAACGAUGGUAAAUCCAUGAACUGUGUACUAACGGCUGCCCAGUCGGUGUCGUAUCCCCUGAGUAACAUAACCAACCAUCAGAACGGAUCUGAUGCUGGUGAACAGCAUCAGCAUAAAAGAAGUCGCAUGAUGAUUGGUCCCGAGAAACCACCCCAGCAACCGGCAUCAGCAGCACCAGCAGGAGCAACGAUCAACGCGACUUAUUCACCGGCGAACCAACAUCGUAUCACUUCUAACGUGACGCGGUCCUCUAAACGGAUCGAAUCUAUCUUCCGCAAUGUUGAGCUGAUGGCUGAGAGUUACUGGCGAUCGCGAGAACGGCUGUUUGGUCCGAAACCGAUCACCGUGGAAGCAUUGGAGGGUGGAGGGGUUUAG